UGCUCCGUGGGGCAAAGUGGGAGACGAGCUUUUCGGAGUAAGGAGUUCAUCCGCAUUGUACUCCAGUCACUGUCAGUACUCUCGGUUGUACGAGGUUGAAGUCUGCAAUCAUGGAUGCUUCGGUAUUGAUCAUUGGAAGUGGUACCUUUGGGAUCAGCACAGCAUACCAUCUCGCCAAACGAGGGUAUACCUUCAUCACCUGUAUUGACAAGCAUCCAUGCCCGAGCUUGGACAGUGCGGCGUUUGAUCUGAACAAGAUCAUCCGCACGGAAUACGAUGAGCCGCUAUAUGCCGAACUGGCGAUCGAGGCACUAGAAGCAUGGCGUGACCCCAUGUGGAAGGACAUAUUCCACGAAACUGGGUGGAUAGUGACAACAUGCGGAGAGCCAGCGGCGGCUCAGCACCUUCGUCGAUCUUAUGAGAAUCUAAAACGUCAAGGCCACGCUGACAGCAUCGACUUCGUGGGGGGAAAAGACCAGAUCACCCGAUAUGUGCCUCAGAUCACUGCGGCCAGAGGCCUUGACAACUGGAAAGGCUUGUGGAAUAGACAAGCAGGCUGGGCACAUGCGAAGAAUGCUCUUGCAAAACUCGGAUCAGAAGCAGAACAAUUAGGGGUCCGCUUCAUCUCUGGAGCUGGAGGGACAAUGACGGGCCUCGUAAGGGAAAGCAACAGAAUCACAGGCGUCAAAGUCAAGUCUGGCGCUGUUCUUACGGCAUCCAGAUAUAUCCUUGCAACAGGUGCCGCAUCGCCGGCAAUUUUACCAGAGCUCUCCCCUCAACUCUGGUCGAAAUGCUGGACGCUGGCCCAUAUCCAGCUCACGAAAGAAGAGGUAGAACAGUUCAAGGGUAUGCCAGUGGUGGACAAUCACGAGUUGGGGUUCUUUUUCGAGCCCGACCCUGAUAGUGGAUGGAUCAAAAUUUGCAAUGCUUUUCCCGGGUACCAGUGGAGGAAAGGAGAGUACGCGCAUGAUGGGAAGGUGGAAAAGUACAGUGUUCCGCGAUAUGCAAGUGAUCAUCCGGAAGAUGGCAUCCCUGAAGAAGCUGUUCAAGCAAUCAACCGGUUCAUUGAUGCAGUGGUACCUCAAUUUUCGGGACGUCCGUUACUUGGAGCCCGCAUUUGUUGGUGCACAGACACUCCUGACCAACACUGGCUGAUAGGCCCACACCCAAACUAUCCUGGGGGUGAGCUGCUUCUGGCCACCGGCGACAGUGGUCAUGGCUUCAAGUUUCUGCCAACUAUUGGCAAGUAUAUCGCAGAUGCAUUUGAAGGCAGGGAGACUGGUCUGCGUAAAGAAUGGCAGUGGAGUGAGAGGAAGUGGCAUCGGGAUCCGACAAGGCCUGGUGAUGUCGUCAAGGACCUUGGCGACGUCGGUAUCGACAGUGAUGGUUCCAAGCUGUACAACGCAUGUCACUGUUGA